UUAGUGCACAACUCGUGCGAUAUUAGUGCACAUCCCGUGCAAUACAAUAGUUUAUAUAAUGAUCACAUCCUAUAUCAUUAUAAUUUGGUGUUCUACAUGGACCAUCUUCUAUCUCUUAAGCCUAACAAUACUAAAUGUGAAUGAGAGAUUUUGGCUGCAAGUGCUGUUAUCAUUAUCACUGUCUCUGCAGCUUUUAAUCUUCUUUAAUGUGUUCGUUACCAGAUGGAUAAGUCCAAAUUAAAAUGUUAUCCGAGUUCCACCCUCUUGCACGAUAAAAAUCGAUCACUUUACAUACAAAUGUGACCUUUUGCACAUCUUUAGAGUGGCUGUAUCCACGCCUAAUUUUACUAAUGUAAUCAGGAGGUAACUUGGGAGAAAUAACACAGCAAAACAUGAAACCCAGUAAUUGAUUGUAAGGUUGAUCGAGUUCAACUGUUAUUGAUGCUUCUUGUGUCUGAAAUUUAAACCAUUCCGGAACUUUGUGUCCUGGAUAACACAUACUACCAAACUUUUCAAUAGUGGAGAAUCGAUCGGCUGACAACAAGAAGACAUUUCUGAAUAUUGUGAGAUGAGCAUCUUCUAUGAUAUCAUUCAGUGUCUCUUUCUCCAAGCUCAUGCAAUUGGUAAAUGUGAGCUUUCUCCUCUUUAAACUAAACACCCCCUUCAAAUUGAAUAUUUAUUUCAGUGAUGUGCAAUUAGAAGCAUCUAACUCUUCAAUAGAUGGUGGAAGUUCUGGUAUAAAUUGAAGACCACUACAACCACUUAUGUCAAGAAUCCUUAACUUUGAUAAGAUUUUGAGGUUGUGUGGAUGCUCAAUUAGCUCUCUGCAGUAACGAAGACAAAUAUCUUGGAGGGAUAUGAAGCAGCAAAGUUCCUUUGGUAGACUUUGUAUCUGCCAAAUUUGUGGAACAACCAGUGAAACUGAAACUGAAAUGGAGAACAACAACAACAACAACAAUAACAACGCUAUGAUUCGUGAAUGGUUCGACAGAGUUGACUCUCACAAAACUGGAACCAUAACUGCUCCCCAACUCAAGAGUGCUUUAGCGGUUGGAAACCUGGAAUUUCCACUCUCAGUUGUUGAGCAGAUGAUCAAGAUGUAUGAUUUUGAUAGGAAUGGUACUAUGAGCUUUGAAGAAUUUGUUGCACUCAACAAGUUCCUUAUUAAGGUUCAACAUGCAUUUUCUGAUCUUGAGAGGGGUCGUGGCUUUCUUGUCCUUGAUGACGUUUUUGAGGCAUUGGUAAAGAUUGGCUUCACGCUGGAUUCUCCUGCAUUUUACUCUGCCUGUGCGAGCUUUGAUCAAAGUAAAAGUGGGAAGUUUAGACUGGAUGUCUUCAUAUCACUUUGUAUAUUCUUACAAUCAGCAAGGAAUCUGUUUAAUUCAUUUGAUACUGCAAAACAAGGAAGAAUUACUCUUGAUCUGAACCAGUUUGUAUAUUGUACUUCCAAUUGUAGAAUAUGAUUCAACUCUGAGAGGACGUAUUCAGAAGAUGAUUCAUGUAUGCUGCACUUUGUAAAAUUUCUCAAAUGCAUUUCUAUAGCCAAGUUAACUUUGUCCUGCAUACGCUGAGAUAAUCAUUUUUGAGGUUUAGAUAUUUCUCCCAUUUACAUGGAAAUUGCUGUAAAAUUUUUAAUUUUCUUUCUAAUGUUAUAAUCUUAGUUUUACAUGAUGUCUUGUGAGAUGGUCCGGAGGUUGAUGACGUAGAAUGUACUAUACCAAAUGCAUUUUCAAUCAGUUAACUUGUGUUAUGAGCUAAAAAGGGAAUUGACCCAAGUAUAUGCUUUCAAAUAUUUGGUUAUGUAAUUGAUUCUCAGAGUCCCAUUUCGGUGAGGUGAUGCAUUACUUUUCAA